AAUGAAAAUCAAAUAGCAAGGAAAUAUUUAUUUUAUUACCUUAUGUAAAUGUGUGGAUUUGACUGACAUUUGGAUGUUGUCUGGAGGGCGCACGCCUGGCCGACGGUUGCCGACCCCACCCCCUCCUUUGGUAAACUGUUAUAAAACGAGAGACGGCAUCUCAGUUGGAAGACUAUUCGAUAUUGGCUAGUAAACAUAUAAAUUCACUUUUAACUUGCCCAACUUAUCAAGAUGGUCAAAAUCGAACCCUUCGAGGUCGAGCAAUGGAUGGACCGCCUCGAGACCACUCCGGGGGUUCUCAACAUCGCCGAGACAUGUGCCGCCUCAGUCUCCGUCGAUGACCUGGUGCGGAUGUGCGAGGACAAGGAUGCGCCGGGCCCCCUCUCGCUCUCCAACAAGCUCACAUACGGCGCCAUCCGCGGCUCUGAGACGCUACGUCAACGCGUUGCCGCCCUCUAUGACCGGGCAUCCGAUGCCGAGCCGCUCCCGGCUGAGAACGUUAUCAUCACGCAGGGAGCCAUCGCCGCCAACUUCUUAACCUUCUACACGCUAGUAGGCCCCGGCGACCAUGUCAUCUGCGUGUAUCCCACUUACCAGCAACUGUACUCGGUCCCGGAGAGCCUGGGGGCUGAGGUGUCGUUGUGGAAGUUGAAGAGGGAGAACGGAUACGUACCGGAUGUGGCAGAACUGGAAAGGUUAGUCAGAAACAACACCAAGCUGAUCGUGAUCAACAACCCCAACAACCCAAUGGGAAGCACCAUCCCCUCCCCAACCCUCGCCCAGAUCGUAGCCUUCGCCAAGCAACGCGAUAUCACCAUCCUCUCCGACGAAGUCUACAGCCCCCUCUACCACUCCCUCCCGGCCGGCCAAGACGCGCCCCCCUCCAUCCUGGCCUUCGGUUACGACAAGACCAUCGCCACAGGCUCCAUGUCCAAAGCCUUCGCGCUCGCCGGCAUCCGCACGGGCUGGAUCGCGGCACGCGACCGGCGCAUCGUCGACGCCGCGGCCGCCGCGCGCGACUACACGACCAUCAGCGUGUCGCAGCUGGACGACCAGGUUGCCAGCUACGCGCUGUCGGCGCCCGUCGUGCGCCCGCUGCUGGCGCGCAACACGGCGCUGGCGCGGCACAACCUGCGCCUGCUCGGCGCGUUCGUCGAUAAGUACCCUGCGGUGUGCGCGUGGGUGCGCCCGACGGCGGGCACGACCGCUCUUGUGCAGUUUUGUAGGGGAGGGGUGCCGGUGGAUGACGCGGGUUUGGUGAUGGAUGUGUUGGGGAAGACCAAGGUGCUGUUUAUGCCUGCGAGUCCUUGCUUUGGGUUGGGGAAGGACUUCAAGGGGUUUGUGAGGCUGGGGUAUGUGUGUGAGACGGAGGUGCUGAUGGAGGGGUUGGAGAAGCUGGGGCGGUAUAUCGAGGAAUAUUUGAUGGUGGAUGGGGGAAACUGAGUGAGGAAUUGAGGAAUUGAGGUUAGUUAGCUAGCAUGGCCAAGAGAAAUCCGGGUUUGCGGGUUUUGAGGGUUUUGCGCUUUCG